AUGUCCCUGCAGUUGCGUCUCCCAAUAAAACGCUUUCGAGAAGAAGUCACUGCAGAGCAGGAGAAGAAAGAGCGGGAGGGGGGUGCUCCUGUUCCCACCAUGGAAUCUCCGCCUGAUUUAACUCCCGUUGGAUCUCCUGAGGAUGGUGUGCACGCUCUACCGUCUGAUGAAUAUCACGAGCACGAUGACGAUCUCGAUCCCGAUCACGAUCACGAACACGAGCAGUCAUCUGGUCCCACCGUGGAAUAUUAUUUUAGUGAUGAAAAUUUGCCUACUGACAAGUAUAUGACAAGUUUGAUCAAGCAGAACAAAGAAGGCUUUGUUCCUAUCACAGUUAUUGCUUCUUUUAGGAAAAUGAAGAAGCUUACUCGAGACCACUCAUUUAUUGUGGCUGCACUGAGGGAGUCAUCUGUUCUUGUUGUGAAUUCAGAUGGAAAGAAGGUGAAGCGCCUUCAACCAUUUGCGGAGGUUAAGGAUCCGAAGUUUUGCACUGUUCUGGUAGAGAAUCUUCCAGAGGAUCACUCAGUGGCCAACCUCCAGAGAAUAUUUGGUGCAGCUGGAAAGAUAAAGAAAAUUUCCAUUUGUGAUCCACAUGCUGUGGAAAAGUCUAAAAAAGGAAGCAAAGUGGAUAUCUUGAUCAGUAGCAAGUUGCAUGCCCUUGUGGAGUAUGAGACUGUAGACACUGCCGAGAAAGCUGUGAGCACUGUUGUGGCAACUUUAAAUAAUGAACAGGAUUGGAGAAAUGGCAUGCGGGUCAAGCUUCUUAAGCAAAUGGUCAAGCAGGGGCAGAGAAGACGAGUCUGGAGGGAGCCUGAUUCUGAGAAGAAUUGCAAUGGUCGUGCAACUAAUCAAGCAAGAGAUGAGGAGAAGCAUAAUUCAAGUGAGCUUCAUGAUGAUACACCUGAUGAAAAGGGUGGCGAGCAUGUAUCCAAGGAGAAAAAUGGUCAGCAAGGCGGAAAUCGAGGGCGAUCAAGAAAGAACAAAUAUCGUGUUACUAAUGGGAUGGGCCAUGGAACUACAUCCUCGGCAUACACAGUUGAACUCUCAAAACCACCUCCUGGGCCAAAAAUGCCUGAUGGAACCAGGGGAUUCACAAUGGGACGAGGCCGACCUCCCAUACCUAAUCAAAGUCAACAAAUCUUAAAUGGAACAAAUGCUCGAGGACGACGAUUGGACCAUAAGAUUGUUCAAGUUAGAGCCUUUGAUGAGGUAACUUAUGCAAAUGACUUGUCUGUUGCAUCCCAAUUUGAUGACUGGGGUAACAAUGAUGGGGCUGCUGGCUACAUGCUAUCAUCCAGUGACGGGGAAGAUAGUGAUGGGGAAUAUAUUAUAAAUCCAGUAACGGAUAUGGAUUUUCCAGCUGCUAAAGUUUCAACUAAUGACGCUCUUACAGUUACAGCUCACAGGCUUGCAAUGAUUGGGAGGGCCCCCGAAAACGGAGGCAAUGAGUUGAGAAUUCAUCAGAGUAUCAUGAAAGAAGGGCCACUUCGGCUAUCCAAGAGAAGGGCAAGCCCCACUAUGGGUGGUCUAUUUUUAGUUCCAAUUGGUGUAGGUGUUGCAAAAUUCCUUGCUGGUUUUUCUUCUGUUGAGGUUUCGGGAGCAGCAGUGGCAACGCUGGCAUUUGCAGCAAUUGGUUUGAUAGAUGACAUUUUAACCAUCAUAAAAAAUCAUAAUAGUGGUUUAUCUGCUUGCAUGAAAAUAUUUUUGGAGGUAGCUGUUGGGACCUGCUUUUCUUUUUGGUUGGAUUCAACGAGUAUAUCAUCACCCUACAGCAUGAAAAUGUUGGUUCCUCUACCUGCACCGCUGGGCCUCAUAUGCCUGGGAAAAUGUUAUUCGUUGUUGACUUCAUUUUGUUUUGUUUCCAUGGGAAAUGGAAUUGACUUAACAGAUGGUCUUGACGGGCUAGCUGCUGGAACAGCUGCAUUGGCUUUUGUAGGAAUGUCGAUUGCAGUGUUGCCAAUAUGUUCUGAACUCGCUAUAUUUGGGGCAUCGAUGGCAGGGGCCUGUUUUGGUUUUCUGUUGCACAACCGGUACAAGGCUUCUGUGUUUAUGGGGGAUAUAGGAUCCCUGGCAUUGGGUGGAGCAUUAGCUGCAAUGGCUGCUUGUAGUGGAAUGUUCCUUCCAUUAUUUAUUUCCUCUGGAAUCUUUGUCUUGGAAGCAUCAUCAGUGGUUAUACAGGCUGCAAGUUUGAGAUGGAUUGUCAUUCUAAGCAUGGAUAGCUUUGUUGAUCCUAUAUUCCUCUUUUGGUCUUGCAAGGGAUGGAGUGGGGUUAAGGUCCGAGGACUUGAACCCCUGACCUCUUGCUUAAAGCAGGUCACCACCAAUCCUCCCAAUGGGGGAUUGGUACUGUACCUCAAGACAAUCAAACGCAUGAGAGGAGAUGGGCGCUGUUUGUUCCAGAUGGCACCUAUUCAUCAUCAGCUCGAACUAUGUGGGUUAAAGGAACCAAUAAUCGUUGUCGGUGCGUAUGUUAUAUCUGGAGUAUUGGCUGUAUUUGCUGGGUAUGUAGGUCUAAUAUCGGCAUAG